UGGGGCUUCAUCAAGAUAAUAAGAUUUUACACAGCAAAAGAAACAGUCAGCAAAACUAAAAGGACUUCAAGUACUAUGUGGAAUAGAAGUUAUGAAAGUGUGCAUCCUUGCCUUGCACCAGAUCUGAGAAGAAAAGCUUUUUAGUUUUUCCCAACUGAUUAUAUUAGUUGUGCGCUUUUCAUGUAUGGCCUUUAUCAUGUUGAGGAUUUGGGGGCAACUUGUGAUCCUGAUUAAAGAACAUAUUUGAGCAGGACUGAAGAGCGCUGGCUGGACUGCUGGAUUAAAAACCGAGGGGACUGAGACAGGACCGGAAUCGCUGUCCCUGGUGCAUCACAGAAACGGCAGGAGAUCGCACAGCUGCACCGCCCUGGGUGGCAGCUGGGCCGGGAACGCGGGGCGUAGGAUCAAGCUCUCCCCGGCCCAUCGGCAUCUCGGCAUCUCGGGUCGGGCCGGGUCACUGUUGUCACAGAAGUGAACAGGAUGCUCCGAGGCGUGUCACAGCAGACGACCAACCGGCUCCACGCUGGCGUCUAAGUCCGUCCUCGCGGCAGGGCUGGGACGCAGGUUUUACCGGCCCCACUGUGCGAAGCCGCGGGUCAAGCAUCCUGCGCUCGGUACGCCGCAGAGCCGGAGCCGGGGUCCGCGCCCCUCCGCGCCCCUCCGCGCCCACCCAUCGGCCAGCCCUCGCCCGCGGAGGAUUUCGGAGCACGGAGGACGCGCUUUCCGCCAGCCCGAGCCUUUCGGUCCGCGAGUGAAGCAGCAUGGAUGCCGUCAGCCAGGUCCCCAUGGAAGCCGCACUCCCCAAGCACAUCCUGGAUAUCUGGGUCAUUGUCCUCAUCAUCCUGGCCACCAUUGUCAUCAUGACCUCCUUGUUGCUGUGCCCAGCCACCGCGGUCAUUAUCUAUCGCAUGCGGACUCAUCCUGUCCUCAACGGGGCUGUCUGAAAUCAGUGUCCCAAGAGGGGCCGGGGAGAAACAUGGAUAGUAUCUCCUCCCCCAGCCUCUUCCUUCUCAGAAAAGCAGCAGGAGGGGCUUUGGAGUGUGGACUCUGGAGCUUGAUGUGUGAGAGGAGACCGGAGUUCUUGUUUGGAUUUUGCCACCGGCCAGCUGUGUGAGCUGGGUCAAGGGACCUAACUCUGUGGGUUCCAGGUUCCUUAUCUUCUAAAUGGGGAUCAUGGUCCUGCCCUUCCUACCUCAGAGGGUUGUAAGAACCAAUGCCUUGGGUGGAGGUUAAAGCUGUUUGUGGCGAUGAAUGGUAAAGCCACCACAGGGUUAUAAUUGCUGACAAUGGCCUUCAGGGUGGUGAUGAAGACACUGGGGGCAGAGCAGCCUUUGCCAGUGCCCCUCAGGUCGAACCAAGCAAAGACACCCUGUCUGCAUUCCAAGGGGCCAGUAGUGCUUUGGCUCAAAGUCAUUUUCUUUGUGGUGCCACUCCCUCAAGUUACCUAAUUUGGAGGGAACUGAGUGUGGCAGGAGGAGGGAGAUGGGUGGAACUUCCUAGGACCUUCCUGUGCCAGAAUGUCUACCCCUGUAACAGUCUAGAGGACGGCACUGCCAUUUCUUGGCAAGGCUGAAGGACCUGGGGUGAUGGGCUUCUUUCUGCAUUGGAGUCUCCUCACUUUGACACUCAAGCUAUGUGUCACAACACAGGGUGGCUGAGUUCCCCGGAUGGCUUUCAGGAUCUCCAGCCCCCACCAACUUGUGUGUCUCACACUCAAGAAGCUGUGUCCCCUCACCCCAGCACCUGCUCUAACCAGCUACGUGGUGUCAAGUGUACGCCCUUCAUCCCCUCCCACCAGCACUGCAGCCAGUCUAAGCUACAGAUUUUAAGAGAUGUUCCCAGGACUUUUGGAACUCACUCAAGACAGCGAUGGUUAUUUUAGAUGCUAUGAUCUAUAUUUAUAGAGAGAUUCCUGGACCACUCAAGCUCUUUGACCAAAAUCAGGAACAUCUUGGGAUUUAUUAAAUUAUGUAAGAAGAUAUAGCACAGAUAUCAGAAUAUUGUGUGGAAGUGAGGCUGUUACUUUGGUCUGAUUUCAUUGAUGUAUGCGACCAGUUUCCAAUAAAGUGCUAGAAUGACCA